AGUUAAUGCUGGUCUUUUGUGUUUCUGUUAUAUUAAGGCGUACAAGUUGAUUGUGAUACUGUGUGUUGCUGUCUAAUCAUCGUGGAUGCUAUUGCUUUUUAAAUUUUAAUUUGCCAUUUAGCCUUUAUGGGAUUAGCACUCUUGUUUUAGUUGUCUUAAUUCUUAUUUGUUCUUUUUAAAAGCCUCUUGAAUGUUUUAUUGAUUUCAUCACAGUUUCUCCUUUGACGUUUUUGGUGGAUCACUGCAGAAAUGGGGAAAACUCACCUUGUCACAGAUUGGUACUUUGUCUACCAUAACCAGUUCACUUGGUUGUAUAUUGCUGCUCUUAGACACUUGGGCACUAAUUGAUGCUACUGCAGAACGUUUGUUCAGUCCUAAUCAUUUUGAAUAUUUUUAAACUAUGGAGCUAUUUUAACUGAAUAAUGGAUUUCACUUGCUCUUUCAAGGAUAUAAUUAAUUGACGCAAGCUGCUUGUUCUCAGAGAUGUUAAUCAACAGAGGUUGUCAGGGUGAAGUUCCUCUUACUUUGAACCAACAAAGAAUGACUAUCACCUCGGAAACAAAUUCUUUAGAAAUCACUGACAUAAUCCUCCUCCAUUAGUGGAAUUCGAGCUGCUUUCAUUGUCGGGCAGUCUGUGCAGUCACCAUAGGAGAUGAUGCUGUGAUCUUAUUAGCUUUUAGUCAAUGCCGGAAGUGGACGCAUCCGAAGGAUGUGGGUUGCAAAAUUGCAAUUGCAUCGCCUGCGAGGGGCCUAGCGAUGACGGAUCUGGUCGGGAUGGCUGACGGUCCUUUGCGCUCUGGACGCCCACUCUCUUGACAUCGCCAACUAAAAUCUUUUUCUCGUCCUUGGGUGGUCUGAUCGACUGAUCUGGAUGAACGCAGGGUGAAGAUCCGACCCAACCUGUCGUCUAGUUGCUGGAUUUUGACGAGAUUAGGGUAGCGGCUGUCGGUACAUAUUCUUUUAAAAUUUUUUGUUUUUGUGCUUUCAUUUUUGGAUUUUAAAUUCUUGUAUUAUGUUGUGAUUGGGAGUUGUGCAGUCUCUGAUUACAUAACCAAAUCAAUUGGAUGGGGCGGGUCGGAUCCAUUAUCGUGUUAACAUGUGAUAAUUUCUUUGAAAAAAUUAUUUGUGCAUGUGAAGUUACCAAAAAUAUAGAAAAUACUAAUUACUUAGUGGGUGAAUGAGUGUUGGAUAAAUGGAUGAUUUUUGCUUUAUUACCUAACUGGAUGAUUGAAAUAAAAUGUUUGUUCCUAAUGAGAUCAGAAUAUCUGAAACAAAAUAUGUACAUAUUAGUUAUGGAAUGUUGGUGGGUAUGGAUCAUGUACUGAUGCAGCAAUCACUGGCAUAAAUGCCUCCUCCAUUGAUGUAACUCCAGGUGAUUCCUUAUGUAACUUGGUUUAAUUAGUUCACAAAUGUUGUAUAGGAGUUUUUCUGAUGGUCUAACGUUCUGAGUAGCUGUUGGCUAUACAUGCUUUCUAGAAAACAGUUUAAACAUAUAAAAGAUUUCUUUUCCUUGUUUCAUUUUGCAUUUCUUCCUACUUGUUUGUGGUUCAUUUCUUAUAAUGCUGCUUGCUCUUUGUCAACUAACGAAUAAUGGAAACUUUCUGAAGUUAUUCUGUUAUUUGAAUCCAGCUUGCUUUUAUUGUUGGGCAGUUAAUGUUUACAGUCACUAUUGGAGAUGAUGUAGUAAUCUCAGCAUUCAGCCUUCUAGAUCACCACAGAAAUGGGAAAAAGAAACUCACCAUGUCACUGAGUGGUAUGGCAUUGGUUGCCAUAACCAGUCCACUUGGUUGCAUAUUUGCUGUUAGACACUCUGGCACUUGUCAUGGUGCUACUGCAGAAGGGAUAUCAUGACGCAAGCUGCUUUUUCUUGGAGAUGCUAUUCAACAGAGGUUGUCUGGUUAAAGUUUCUCUUACUUUGAACCUACAGAAAAUUUAUAUAUGUUGGAGAAAGAAAUCUACAGAUUGAAAUCAAUUUUUUUAAAUAUAAUUAGAAAAUCUACCCGUUGGAUUUAUUGACUGACGGUUUCACCAUGGAAAUCGGCACUACUAGUAUAGCUA